UCUGCAGUGGUGAUGAGCACAUUGAAGUUCAACUCCUCAUCUCCAGUCCCCAGUGAAGCUCUGGUGCUCAGUGCUAUCAAAAAUCUCAGGGACUCCAGAGAGUCACAACUUGAUAAAUCACUCAAGCUGUUGAAUGUGACCUAUAACAAAACCUCAGACACCUCCUAUGAGCUCAUCUUUGAAUUUAAUCUGAGUAACAUCAGCACCCCAAACAGUCAUGUGCCUAAAGGCAACCCUGCCGAGCAAGUUCAGAAUGCUACCAAUGCUGCGCUCAACACUCUUCUGAAUGAUCCACACAAAACACCAUUUGUUGCUACAAUCUCCAAAGUCACGACAAAAGAAAAGCAGAUUGAGGUUUUCAUGAACCAUGUCUUUACGGAAACAGAUGACAUACAACCUGUCAGCUACCUAAAUGAGCUCCAUAAACUGAUGGGUCUGACCACAACAACAAUUAUUCCCCUGACAACAAAAGUCUCCCAUGUGACAUCUAUCCAGCAGCAAAUUGAUUCUGCAGUGGUGACGAGCACAUUGACGUUCAGCUCCUCAUCUCCAGUCCCCAGUGAAGCUCUGGUGCUCAGUGCUAUCAAAAAUCUCAGGGACUCCAGAGAGUCAAAACUUGAUAAAUCACUCAAGCUGUUGAAUGUGACCUAUAACAAAACCUCAGACACCUCCUAUGAGCUCAUCUUUGAAUUUAGUCUGAGUAACCUCAGCACCUCAAACAGUCAUGUGCCCAAAGGCAAUCCUGCCGAGCAAGUUCAGAAUGCUAUCAAUGCUGCGCUCAACACUCUUCUGAAUGAUCCACAAAAACCACCAUUUGAAGCUACACUCUCCAAAGUCAAGACAAAAGAACAACAGAUUGAGGUUUCCAUGAACCAUGUCUUUAUGGAAACAGAUGAGAUACAACCUGUCAGCUACCUAAAUGAGCUUCGUUCACUAAACAAACCAAUAACAACUACUGCAGGCAAAAUCCAGACCACUACUGAAGGGCAAAUUAUUGGGAUGGCAGUUAUUCAGAUUCGGAUUGUAUUUGAAACGUUGGGCCCCAUCCCAAGUGCAAGUAAAGUUCUGCAUUUGGUUAAUUUAUUCCUGGAUUCACGUCUCACAACUAAACAAGAUGACAGAACAAUAAAGUUAACUGAACCUGUGAGCAACAUGAAUGUCUCCUAUGAGGGAAUAUCUGAUCAUUCAUAUGGCCUAAAAUUUGGAUAUGUGAUCAGCAAUCUAUCAAUGUCAACGAAUGACAAAUCCAUAAACAAAACCUACAACUUCAUCCAAAAUGAAAUAAAUAAAUUGCUUAACGAGAUCCUAAACAAUCCCUCAGCCAAUCCAAUCAAGUUUGAUGCGGCCACAUUUUCGAAAAAUGUCAGUGUGAUUACGGCUGUUGUGGAUUAUAAUAUCUCACAAAAAAAUAGCAUCCAGUCACCCAGUAAUUUUCUCCAGGAAAUUCUUAAAGCAAACAGCGUAACAACAACUCCAACUCCGACUGUACUUGGAAGAGCAAUUAUUUACAUCCGGCUUGUUUUUAUAAUGAGAGGCCCCAUACCAAGCGAGAGCGCUGUUCUACAGAUUGCCAACAAUCUGCUGGACAAACGUCUAAGAACCAAACGAGACCUGAGAGAACAAAAACUCAGUGAUCCUGUGAGCUUUGUGAAUGUCACCUAUACAAAAAUUUCUGAUAACUCGUAUGCCCUCAAUUUUGGAUUUGAAAUCAGCAAUGUCACCAUGUCUGAGAAUCUUGUACUCAGGAACGGCACAUAUGAAAUAAUCCAAGAUUCAAUAAAUAAAUUGCUGAAUGUGAUCCUCAAUGACCCAAACGCCAAACCAUUUAAUUUCAAAGGGACCAAAUUUACGGGUAAUACCACUGUGAUUAGGGCCGAUGUCGAGUAUGUUUUCUCAGACAAAGACUUCACGUCUCCAAGUCCUUUUCUCCAAGCACUUAUCACUGUUAAUAUAGAAGCCAGUAACCCAACUGCUACAACCACAUUUCCCUCUGUGGUGAACACUACUGGGCCAAACAACAGCACUAGUGCAGCGUGGGUUGUGGCUAUAAUUGUUCCUUGUGCUAUAGCCAUCAUGCUUGUACCUUGCUGGAUUCUACUUUGUUGUUUGCUAUGUGGUUGCUGUGCAGGAAUAAGACGACGUUGGGCCAGAAGACGGUCAUACAACAUACAGUACUUCACUCACAACAUCUUCUAGUGAACUUGAGACAACAAAGAAAACAAUUGCACAGGAAAAGUGAUCUAUCAGUAACUGUAAAACUAUUCUUAAAAAUUGCUUAUACUUAUGUUAUUAAUUACAAAUUGUGAUAAUUAUUAUUGAUUAUUCUUAAUGCUGUUAUUUAAAUGUAAGUAAUGAAUAUGAUAACUUUGAGCUUUUAUAAUACACUAUUUAUUUUCUUCCUGUUUUGCUGGACAGACAGGAACUACACAAAAUAUUUCUGAAUG